AAUACCCAAAAAAGGACCAAUUUUUCUGUCAUCGCCCAAUUUGGCACCAAACCCCUAAAUCCCCAAUUUGGCAUGGCAGGCAUGUCUUCCCGAACGAAGGGUCCAAGGAAUCGUGAACUCAAACGGCUGCAGGCCGAAAAGCCUCUGUUCAUCCAAAAACGAGAUAAGCCUGCGGGUAGCAAGGUCGGAAAAUCAAAGCAUCAUUCUCCUGCUGGGCGUUCACAUGGUGCUGUGACAUCUUCUCGUUUCUCCAGUGCUGAUGGCAGCAAGGUGACGGAACAAGAGCUUGCCAAAAUGCGUGUUAUCCGCGACUGGUGUAAGGAUUCUUGUUCUUACUACAAUCCCAAGGAACUCCGUAGCCCUCCUGGUGCCGAGCCAUUAGAACGAAAGGUUGCCACUUGUCCCCACCAGGGUAACAAGAAUGUUUUUAGUUUCAUGUUUUGUAAACCCGACUGUGCCCGUAGUGCUACUGAUUCUGUCCUUUUGGGCCGUGCUUUUGAUCGCUGCAACAUCAAAGAUAACUCUAGUGCUCCUGGUAGCGAUGAAGAACAAAAGGCCACUAAACACUUGGACAUGACAGUUGACACUUCUGCUCCUGUGUGUUUGUCGUCGAUUCCUAAGGAGCAUCACGUGUUCGAUCCUCCUGGUUUUAUUUGGUAACCGGGGGGUUUGCUUCAGCCGGGUAUUUUGAGAAAUAAAUCAUUGUUGAUAUUCUCCGGAGGAUGAAAUCCUGCCUAGUUGUUUGUGUGAGAAUUAAAGGUGUGUGAGGAUGGUGAGAUAUUUAGCAUUUGUGAGGAUGGUAAACUGGGUUUGCUUCAGCUGUGUUGGAGAUGGAAGUGUUCUAUUGUGUUCACACGACACUAAUUUAUUUCCCAAAUGUUUGUGAGGAAUUUCUCGAUAUAUAUAUUUAUAUAUAUUAGAAACGGUUAAACACCAAUGGGUAGUUAAAGGUUUAUAUCA